ACUCCACGAGUAGCCACUUUGCAAGCAAGUCAGUUUAGCGUUUUGCUCGCAGUUUUGCUUUCCGCAGCCUUCCGGGCUUACUUUGUCGAGACUCGAGGCGAGGCAUUCGUGUGAUUAAGCGGUUAAAACUGACCUGCCUGGAACGAGUGCAGGAAGUGAAAGAAAAGAGUACGGUGUAAAAGAGUAAAAGAGGAUAAAAUCUGUCAUAGGGUAUUUUUUUUAAGGUCCCGGACCGAAUUUAGGGAAUAGAUUCAAGUUUCUGCUGCAAAUUGAACAAUGUUUCAUCUCACUAGAAUAACGAGGUCGGUUGCCCUGAAGCAGAUACAGGGCGCCGAUGUUGUCCAGGGUGCAAUUGCACGCGCAAUACCGGCCGCUGCGAGUAUUCAGUGCCGAGAUUAUGCGGACCACAAGAUCCCGGAACGUCUCCAGGAUGUCCCCACGGCACCGAACCCAAAAUUCUUCGACAUGGUCGAGUAUUUCUUUCAUCGAGCUUGUAUGAUUGUUGAGGAGAAACUCGUCGAGGAUGUAGGAAAACGAUCGAGGAUGACGAUCGAGGAGCGGAAAAAGAAGGUUAAGGGAAUCCUGAUGAUGAUGGAACCCUGUGAUCAUAUCCUGGAGACUACUUUCCCUCUGAGACGCGACUCUGGAGAUUAUGAGAUGAUCACCGGGUACAGGGCUCAGCAUUCGACUCACCGAACACCUUGCAAAGGAGGUAUUCGUUUUUCAAUGGACGUUUGUCGAGAUGAGGUAAAGGCCUUAUCUGCCUUAAUGACCUUUAAAUGUGCCUGCGUUGAUGUGCCAUUUGGAGGUGCUAAAGCCGGAAUUAAGAUCAACCCCAAAACUUAUUCCGAGCAUGAGCUUGAAAAAAUUACUAGAAGGUUUACCCUUGAGCUCGCCAAGAAAGGAUUCAUCGGGCCAGGUGUUGAUGUUCCUGCACCUGAUAUGGGAACUGGUGAGCGCGAGAUGUCCUGGAUAGCUGAUACUUAUGCCAAGACAAUUGGACAUUUAGACAUCAACGCACACGCUUGCGUAACUGGCAAGCCAAUUAAUCAAGGUGGGAUCCACGGACGUAUUUCUGCAACUGGUCGUGGCGUUUUCCACGGUCUGGAAAACUUCAUCAACGAAGCUAAUUACAUGGGAAUGAUCGGAACGACGCCAGGUUGGGGUGGCAAAACCUUCAUUCUCCAAGGAUUCGGUAACGUAGGUUUGCAUUCCAUGCGUUAUUUGCAUCGGGCUGGAGCAGCUUGCGUCGGAAUUAUCGAGCACGAUGGUAGUAUCUACAAUCCAGAGGGUAUUGAUCCUAAACACCUGGAGGACUAUCGCAUUGAACACGGAACGAUUGUUGGUUUUCCUGGUGCUAAACCAUACGAAGGUGAAAACCUUAUGUAUGAACCUUGUGAUAUUUUUAUACCUGCCGCUGUUGAGAAGGUUAUCACAACAGAAAAUGCUGGUAGAAUCCAAGCGAAAAUCAUCGCGGAAGCUGCAAACGGACCAACAACGCCUGCCGCCGAUAAAAUUCUCAUCGAUAGAAACAUCCUCGUUAUUCCAGAUUUGUACAUAAACGCUGGGGGUGUCACCGUUUCAUUCUUCGAGUGGCUCAAAAAUUUAAAUCAUGUCUCCUAUGGUCGUCUCACAUUCAAAUACGAGAGGGAAUCUAACUAUCAUCUACUUGAAUCUGUCCAAGAAUCUCUUGAACGUAGGUUCGGUCGUGUAGGAGGCCGCAUUCCCGUUACGCCAUCGGAGUCUUUCCAAAAGCGUAUUUCUGGUGCUUCCGAGAAAGACAUCGUCCAUUCUGGCUUGGAUUACACGAUGGAACGAUCAGCAAGGGCUAUAAUGAAGACUGCGAUGCGAUUCAAUCUCGGUCUCGAUUUGAGGACAGCAGCGUACAUCAACUCGAUCGAGAAGAUCUUCACCACGUAUUCCGAAGCAGGACUUGCGUUUUAGAAACUAGACACGAGAGUGAUAUCAGUGAAUUUUUUAAAAAUACGCGAUGAUAUUCAAGAAAGCAAUAGGAUUAAAAUAAAAUAAAAGAAGGACAACAGUAUUUUCGAGAGUCCAGGCGUUGUCAGCUAUUCGCUGAGAAACCGAUCUUCGUAUACACCGCAAACGUGCAUAACCGGGUCGAUACUUUGACUUAAGAACUGCAAACAUUCUACUCUCUAUGACUACAGAUUACAGAUAAGUGAUUAAUUCUCGGUACAUGUAUAUUGUCUACAAUUCUGUUAAGCUUUUAAGAUAGGAAUUCUAAAUCUAAGCGACAGUCUCCUCGACAACUUGAGCCACAAACUCUCAGGACAAGAGGCAGCGCAUUUUUAUAUUGAAAUUUUUAACCCCGACUCGUAACUUUUAAAGUUUCCAACACACAUUUGUACAUUUCACUUGAAAUACUUGACAUUGUCAAUAAGUUUUUGCCGAUGCCGACUACCGUUCCAUAAGGAAAUUUUGAGAUAUUUAUGAAAGUAACUUAUUUCUAUUGAUUCGCAGAGCUGUGUAUACUGCCGUAGAAAUGAAAUGAAGCGUUUCUGCAGUUUUGAUAAGACGUCUUUCACUUUUGCGUAUCUGUAAAAUGGGAUUUAACAUUUGGGUCCAUGAUUUGAGACAUUUGAGAUGACUUAUUUGAAAUGCAGAUACGAUUUAUUUUAUUUAUAUGGCAGUAUACAGUGAGAUUGUUAUUAUACAUCGUCGAGUUAUGUUAAUAAACAUAAUUAUA